UUAUAUUAUAUCAUAAGUUUUGAUAUUGCUGUUUACAAUGUCCGCUUCGAUAAUUCUGCUGAUUCCCGAACAUUCGUUUGACCCAGGACACACUAGCUGCAUACGUAGCUUCCUCGGAGCAAUAAAAAAAUCUUCUGACUCGGACCGGAAGGAGGAACGACACGAUGGUACCAGUCAUCGAGUCAUAGGCCACGAGUACGCUUCACAGCGGUGCGUCUCCUAUUCUUCUUUACGUUGCAGGACACCAGCAGUCAUCCUCCUGUAUUGGCGUGGAUCAGGACUAUCUUGUCGUUGCGUUGUCUCAAUCCGUAUUCCCCGGACCAGAACUUGCUGCUGUUCUCUGUCAACCCAUUUGUUUUGGCUACCAUUGUGGGGGAAAAAGUACAGCCAAGUUCCAGAGACUCCGUUGGCUGUUUGACACUGCCCUAGUUGUCACCAACUCUCUGUUCGGAAUGUCUUCCUCACGGACCACGUCAGAAGCAGAAGGCUACCGGCGGAUGACGGGAGCUGAACUACCCAGCUACACGAUGCAGUAUUUUCCGCCCUUGGACUCACAAGGUCUACAGCCGGCUACUGUACAGGCAUUCGAUGGGACACAUCAACAGGUGCAGGCAGGGCUGCAAGCUGCAGGGACAUAUGUCGGUCCAGUACAGCCUGAUUCCAACAUUAGCUUGACACAGCCUAUUGCGAACCAACCGCAGCCUGUUGAUCAGCAGUACAGCCAUAUUGGACAACCGGUCAACACGGGUGGCUUCAGAGAGACUAGAAGUAGUAUUGAGGGACUUCAAAGAUCAUCAAUAGUGGAGUCAGCAAUGAGUCUCCCACCACAUCCUCAACCAACCAUUGGUCUUAUGUCAUCACCAGCCCAGGUUUCCAGUCCCUUUGGCCAGCAAAUGAAUCACAACGUCCAUGCCACUGCUACCUGUGGUAAUCAGACAUUAGCAGCAUACCUGCCAUAUAGUGUCCCAGCAAUGCACGGCAGUAUGGCCAGCUCUAACAAUCCUGUGGAAAUGCACGCCGGCUUUCCACAGACCCCACUGAACAAUCUAUCACAAGGCGACGAGUAUCAAUCGGACAACCCCUCUGCCUCUCCAAUAUUUGUCGGACAACUCAGAAGUCUGUGCGAAUGGCGUGUGAACAACGGUCUACACUUGUGUGGUUUGGCUUUCUAUAGUGUCACCGAACUAGCGCAGCACAUAACAAACGUUCAUCUCCAGCAACAGGGCACUACCGAACAUCCCACACAGGAGGGUAGCAAUGUCUACAUCUGCCACUGGGACCAGUGUACACGCACCAAAGGAUUCAAAGCCAAAUAUAAGCUUGUUAACCAUAUACGAGUUCAUACAGGUGAAAAACCCUUUGUCUGCGAUCAUCAAGACUGCUCACGCAAAGCAUUCGCAAGAUCCGAAAGCCUGAAGAUACACUACAGAGUCCACACAAAGGAAAAGCCGGUUCCCUGCACCUUCCCGGACUGUAAGAAAAGAUUCUCAAGUUGCUCGGAUCGAAAUAAGCACAUGCACGCGCACACGAAUGAUAAACCCUACCAAUGCAAGGCAGCAGGAUGUACGAGGAGCUAUACACACCCAAGCUCGCUUAGAAAGCACUCCAAGCAGCAUGAUGCUCGAAAUGCAGCCAAUGGCGGUAAUGCUCUUUCCUACAGUAACACGGACACCAGCGCAGAGAACAGUGGCUUGACGUCUGCGGCUGGUUCUAUUGCUGCAGACGGAGAAAGUGAUCAUGGCAGUUCGAUUUCAUCCGAUGAGGUACUUGCAGACCAGCACCACCACUAUCAACAAGAACAGGAAGAACAGCAGCAGCACCAACAUCAACAACAAGGUUUUGCACUUGUGACUUGCACGGACCAGUGUCAGCCUGCACAGCCGCAACACUUACCACUGGGAACGUCCUCAAGCAUGCUGACUGUGAAUUCAGCAUCCACGUCAUCUCUGCCUCAGUUACCUUAUCAUUUGCACUCUGCCCAGGCAACUGCUAGUAGUGACCUGGUCAACAGUGCACAACCAACACCACCUGGACAGCCGUCUGAUAGCUAUGCGGUGUUCAGUGAAGUAUGCCAUGACAAUGCCAGAAAGGGUGACCUAGUAGUGGCAAGCCUAGGCAGUAGAGCAACAAGAAAUGAUCCUUUGUCUACAUGUUCCAUACAGACAUUCCCACAGCCGCCGCCACCACCACAGCCAGAAGCAGCAGCAGCAACAGAAGCAGCAGCUGUGCAAGAACUGACUCAAAACAAACAGCUUGUUCAGCGGCAACAUACUCACUUCCAAUACCCGGCAGCACGUCAGCAGUUGCAGCAACAACCUCAUCAUCAACAUCUAGAACAGCAGCUCCAGAAGCAGGAUCAUCAUCAGCAUCAGCAUCAGCAGCACCAGGAAUCACGUGACCAAUGUCAGCAGUCCCAAAUCUAUCCAACUCACCAACAUCAGCUGCCGACGCCCACACACACACAGCAGCAACACCUAUCGCUGGUGGCUCACACACCGCAGCACCAGUCAUCACCUGUGUCUCAGAAGCACAACCAUAAGGCACAGGAACCCUUGCCUCAGCAUCAGCAGCACUCUCUCCCAUCGCCGAUGCAGCUGCACCAGCAGCAGCUGCCGCUGCAGCAGCUGCCGCUGCAGCAGCAUUUUGCACAGCAUUCGACAACUGCUCAGCCACCACUAUUUCAUGCAGAACAAUUGCUGCACCCUGUACUGCCCUCGCAUGACGCUCACUCUCUGUCAGCACCAAGACGCCUCCCAAAAAGGCAAUACUAAGCAAACACACCUUAAACGGCUUGAAAACACUGUUCUCAUGAGUUGAACAACAGCCUUUUCAAAAUGGCACUUAUUCAAAAAAGAGGUAUGAAAUGUACAGCUGCAAACUUACUACUCGCUGUGCAUAGCUUUUAUGAUAUUGAAUUAUUGUAUCAACGCUGUCCAACACUCAAUGUUUUUAAGGUUAUUUCAUUAGAGAUGGAGCUGGGAUGUUGCUUUUUAAGCUGUGGAAAUAGUCAAUCAGACGACUGUCACAUUUGUAGAAGUUCCUUUUUCAAAUGUCUCGUCAAUUUCAUUUUCCGCAUGUUGUCUUCACUAACAUUACCCAUGAUGCUGGCUACAUGUAUAUAGCGUCAGUAGAAUUGCAGCUCAACAUCCUAAUCCGCACUGCCUUCAGUCUUGUUUCUACCCAUUCACUGUCAGGAUAGGGUAUUUCCCCUCCAAUUAGUAACCAUAGUAACCGUUUCUUUUUAGUUCACUUUUUCGGCUGAUCUGCUCAUCCCCCAGAAAUGUGUUAAUACUAAUGCUGGCCUAACAGAUUCUACAACUGCUGAACGUAUUCUUGUCUUAUGCGCUGAGUUUUCAACACUCAUAAUUAUCGUAUCUGUUUUCAAAAUAAUGAGAAGGUGUCUUCCUCUUA